UGCAGAUUGCUUCUACAAAACUUUUUUGAAAGACUGUGCAAUAAGGCCAUCCAUGAAAUUUCCUUGCUACUAAAUAUUCCACAGUCAACUGUUAGUGGUAAUAUAACAAAGUGGAAGCAACUGGGAACAACAGCAACUCAGCCACGAAGUGGUAUGCCACGUAAACUGACAGAGUGGGGUCAGCACAUGCUGAAGCGCACAGUGCGCAGAUGUUGCCAACUGUCUGCAGAGUCAAUAGCUAAAGACCUCCAAACUUUGUGUCGCCUCCAGAUUAGCACAACAGUGCAUAGAGAGCUUCAAGGAAUGGGUUUCCAUGGCCGAGCAGCUGUAUCCAAGCCUUACAUCACCAAGUGCAAUGCAAAUGUCAGAUGCAGUGGUGUAAAUCACACUGCCACUGGACUCUAG